ACCGUGCCGCGUUGCGAAGUGGCGCCGGCACACCUGGCGGGGACGGACAUGCGCCGGCGGCGACAGUUCCCGUGGGGCAGGCUGACGCGCCGCCGCCGCUACCACCAGAGCUCUGGGCGACCGACGCGUGCUGGCGGCAACUGGGGGCGGUGGCAGGGUGGCAGGGCGAGCUUGGCGAGCCGGCCCUUGGCCUCUGGCCGUCCGCCGCCUGGAUGAUGUUGCUCCCCGGUGGCGGUGGGACAUCCAGUGCUCACCAAAGCCAGCCCAGCCACCACCACCGGCAGCAGCGGCAGCAGCAGCAGCAGCAGCAGCAGCAGCAGCAGCAGCAGCAACAGCAGCAGCAGCAGCAGCAGCAGCCCGAUCUCACGUUUUCGGACGCGUCCGAGCUCGUGGCCAGGGCGCGCCUGGUGCAGCAGGUGCAGCAGCUGCUGCUGCAGGGGCAGCUCGAGGGGGGGCCGGCGGCGCAGUCGCUGCUCGACGCGUUGGACCGCGCGGUGGCCGCCCUGGGCGUGCCAGCUGCGGCCGACGGCGGCGCCGCGGCGGGCGCUGACCUCGGCCAGCAGGAACGGCAGCAGCGGCAGCAGCGGCGGCGGGAGCGGGCGCAAGAAGAGGAGAGGGCGAUCGCAUUGUAUAGGGUCUGCCACUCGCUCUUGGGGUCGGGCGGCGGCUGCCAUGUUGUGGAAAUGGAGGAGGAGAGGCAGAGCUGA